AUGCCCAUCCAGAUAUUCUGCUCUGUGUCGUUCUCCUCCGGGGAGGAGUCACCAGGGCCUUUGGGAGAUGUUUGGAGUCCCCACCAACAGCAGCGACGGGAUAACUCAGAAUCGGAAGAGGAGGAGGAAGAGGAGAAGGAAAAUGAAGCCGCGAAGGUGGAAAGUGAGGGGGAUUUGCCUGUGGACUUGGUGACCUUUGCCAACAGCUGCACCCUCCACGGUGCCAGCCACAUCUUUGUGGAGGGGGGUCCGGGGCCAAAGCAGGUCCUGUGGGCGGUGGCCUUUGUCCUGGCACUGGGUGCCUUCCUGGGCCAGGUUGGUGACCGUGUGGCUUAUUACCUCAGCUACCCACACGUGACUCUGCUGGACGAGGUAGCCACCACGGAGCUGGCCUUCCCGGCGGUCACCCUGUGCAACACCAAUGCUGUGCGGCUGUCUCAGCUCAGCUACCCUGAUUUGCUCUAUCUGGCCCCCAUGCUGGGGCUGGAUGAAAGCGAUGACCCUGGGGUGCCCCUUGCCCCACCCGGGCCUGAGGCCUUCUCUGGGGAGCCUUUUAACCUGCACCGGUUCUACAAUCGCUCCUGCCACCGGCUGGAGGAUAUGCUGCUCUAUUGCUCCUACUGUGGGGGGCCCUGUGGCCCCCACAACUUCUCAGUGGUUUUCACGAGGUAUGGAAAAUGUUACACGUUCAACUCAGGCCGGGAUGGGCGGCCACGGCUGAAGACCAUGAAGGGUGGGACCGGCAAUGGGCUGGAGAUCAUGCUGGAUAUCCAGCAGGAUGAGUACCUGCCUGUGUGGGGGGAGACUGAUGAGACAUCCUUUGAGGCAGGCAUCAAAGUGCAGAUCCACAGUCAAGAUGAACCUCCUUUCAUCGACCAGCUGGGCUUUGGUGUGGCUCCAGGCUUCCAGACCUUCGUGGCCUGCCAGGAGCAGCGGCUCAUCUACCUGCCCCCGCCCUGGGGCACCUGCAAAGCUGUUACCAUGGACUUGGAUUUCUUCGACUCCUACAGCAUCACCGCCUGCCGCAUUGACUGUGAGACUCGCUACCUGGUGGAGAAUUGCAACUGUCGUAUGGUCCACAUGCCAGGGGAUGCCCCAUACUGCACUCCAGAGCAGUACAAGGAAUGUGCAGAUCCUGCUCUCGACUUCCUGGUGGAGAAGGACCAAGAAUACUGCGUGUGUGAAAUGCCUUGCAACCUGACUCGCUAUGGGAAGGAGCUGUCCAUGGUCAAGAUUCCCAGCAAAGCCUCAGCCAAGUACUUGGCAAAAAAGUUCAACAAGUCUGAACAGUACAUAGGGGAGAACAUCCUGGUGCUGGACAUUUUCUUUGAAGUCCUCAACUAUGAGACCAUUGAACAGAAGAAGGCCUAUGAGAUUGCAGGGCUCCUGGGUGACAUUGGGGGCCAGAUGGGGCUGUUCAUCGGGGCCAGCAUCCUCACAGUGCUGGAGCUCUUUGACUAUGCCUAUGAGGUCAUUAAGCACAAGCUGUGCCGAAAAGGAAAGUGCCAGAAGGAAGCCAAAAGGAGCAGUGCAGACAAGGGUGUGGCCCUCAGCUUGGAUGACGUCAAAAGACACAAUCCUUGCGAGAGCCUCCGUGGCCAUCCUGCCGGAAUGACGUACGCUGCCAACAUCCUACCUCACCAUCCAGCCCGAGGCACGUUUGAGGACUUUACCUGCUGAGCCCUGCAGGCCACUGUACCAAAGGCCUAGAUGGGGAGGGCUAGGAGAGCAAGGGGCCCCCCACUGCCCCUCAUCUGUCCUGGGAAUUCACCCCACACUCCCAGGACAGCCCCCCACUCCUAGGCAGUUCUUUCCUCUUGUCUGUGGUGAGGAAGGAGUCUUGACCUUAGAGUCUUACUCCUGCCUCUUUCCCAUUCUUUUUAUUUUUAACAAAACUAAUCUUAAAGACAUUAAAAAAGAGAGAAAGGGGCAAGGGACCUCCGGUGGUCCCUCUCUGCUCCAUGCUGCCUCCCCCAGCUCCCAGCCUGAAUUCUGUCUGUCUGGCUGUCUGUCAUCUGAAUGUUCACCUACAUUUGCUGCCACCAACCACCAAAGCCCCCUCCCAGUGGGGAGGGGGUUGAGGGGAUCCCCGGGGUCUCUAAUUUUUGCCCCAAACCAGAGAAUGUACCUUGAGGGGGAGGGCUAGUGGGGGGCUUCCCCAGCCUUAAGAGACCCUCUCAGUCCAGUGACCCCCCAACCCCAUCUCCAGGCAGGAACUCAGACCCCAGUCCCGUCCUCUCACACCAUGUGGAGUCCUUAGGGAGAUGCGUAGGGGAAUCCCCUGAAGAAGUGGAGAUGGGGCAGAAUGUGACCCUGGUGCUGUAGGCCACAUCUUGAUACCUACAAGCUAACUCUCACCCCAGAGCUGUAGCGGCUGGAGAGAAAUCCCAAGAGGCAGCCCUCUACCGUCCCAUAAAAGACCCUGCUGGUUGGCUUCCAGCUCAGGGAGAGGGGCACUGGUGCCCAACCUCACUAGUCCCUCUCCUAGGGGUCCCUGUAGGGGGCCACAUCCAUAAAUUUUCUUAUGGAAUUCCCCAAGUCCUCUUCUCCAGUUCCAUUUGCUUCUCUCAACAACCUCAUCUGCAUUUUCUAUUUCUAUAUGAUACAGACUCUAUAUUGCUAUAUCUCUGUAUAUACUUUCCCCAAACCCUGUCUGUCUCCACACCCAAUCCCGUCUUGUUUCUGAGAACCACUCCCCACACCAAGUUUCUCCGUCUGUGUCUCUCCCAUCCUUCCUGGUCUCUGAAUGCCUUCGCCUGUAUAAAGAGUUGGACUCUCUCCCCUGGUGUCUGUACUGUGUACACACAUCCCUCUGAGAAGCACAAGGAGACGACACGCGCAUUGUAACCUUCGCACUGUCUCGGUGGCAACAUAAAGGAAGCUGUGAAUCACAAGCUCUGCCUCUUUCUGGCCUCACCUUCUCCCCCAGUCCUAGGCACCCUCUGCCCUCCCUGUAGCCUUAACAUUCCCAUCCCCUGCUCCACCCAUUCCAAUGCCCUUUGCCUGGCUGACUUUGGCCUCCCCAGGGAAGGGAUUAUUAUGAGAUAGCCCUUACCUAGGGGAUGAAAACUGCCCUGGAUAUUAAGCCACGAAUUCCUCCCAAGCUGGCAGCCAGAGUGUCAGAAACAAAAGGGAGCUGGGGAUUGGUAACUUGCAGCUGGGACAGUGGGGUGCUGAUAGGCGGGAAGGGAGGUCCUCAGUCAGUGGCCUUUCCCUCCUUCUGGGUGCCCAACCCCCUUUCCUCACCUGAUACUCAAGCCCACCACUGGAAUUUUCUCGUGAGGUGGGAUUUGGUAAAGGGAGGAAAGAGGCCAAGAAGGGGGAGUUGAAAGUUCUUCCCUCCCUUAACAAGAGACAAAUGGGAGAGAGGACCUGCCUCUCCUGCCUUCCCACCAGGCAUUUCUCCCAGGCCAGAGCCCCAACCCCUUCCUAGGCCUUCUGCCCAACUGUGACUCUACUCCGGGAUGGGAUCUAUGGGCAAGCUAUCUGUGCAUUGGCCUGGAGCUGAAGUAAGGCUGUUGAAUCGUUGAGAACUCUUGGUACUUGGGAGUUCCUCAGAGACUAGACCUCCUGAGAGGGAAGCAGUAGCAAAGGCCAAGAAGUGUGCACUGGAUGAGGGAACAGCAGGCGGGGUUUGGGUGACGCAUGCCUCUGGUCUAAUAAAUUGGGUUUCAACCACUGCUUCUUCA